AUGUCUAGCAAGCUGCCUUUUGAAAUCAAAAACCCAGACUUGUUCAAGGACAAGUCGUAUGUCAACGGAGAAUGGGUUGAAGCCAAAUCUGGAAAGAGAUUUGACAUCGUUGAUCCCGGAAAUGGAAAAGUCUGGGCCACAGCACCAGAUAAUAACGCCGACGACGUUGAUGCUGCCGUCAACGCAGCUCAUACAGCCUUCCAAAGCUACAAGAAAGUCAACCCUCGUACCAGAGCUCAAUGGCUACUGAAGUGGGAUGCUCUCAUCCGUGAGAACAGAGACGAUAUCGCCCACAUCGUCACGUACGAGACCGGAAAGCCACUCGCCGAGUCCCAAGGCGAGCUUGAUUAUGCUUUGGGCUUCACGUGGUGGUUCGCUGGCGAAGCCGAGAGAAUCACUGGCACUAUCCAGACUCCGGCUGCUCCUGGAAGGAGAGUUUUCACUGUGAAGCAACCGAUUGGAGUAGCUGCUGCUUUGGUCCCCUGGAAUUUCCCCAUUGCGAUGAUUCUGAGAAAAGCUGGAGCAGCACUGGCAGCUGGGUGCACGAUGAUCGUGAAACCUUCACCUGAAACCCCACUCUCGGUGCUGGCGUUGGCAAAUCUUGCUACCCAAGCUGGGUUCCCGAAAGGAGUUUUUAGUGUCCUGACGACUAGUCUGGAAAAUACCCCACCCUUGAGUGAAGCCCUUUGCCGACAUCCACUUGUCAAGAAAGUUACUUUCACGGGUUCCACCAGGGUUGGAAAAUUGGUUGCGAAAUUGUGCUCAGAUGGUUUGAAGAAGGUGACUCUUGAGCUUGGCGGAAAUUGCCCAUUCUUGAUCUUUGAUGAUGCAGAUCUUGAACAAGCUGCCAAUCAACUUAUGCUCCUGAAGUGGCGACAUGCCGGCCAAGCAUGCAUCACUGCCAAUCGUGUUUAUGUCCAGAGCGGCGUGUACGACAAGUUCGCAGCCCUCUUCAAGGAGAAAACUUCCAAGUUGAUUGUUGGCCAUGGUGCUGAAAAAGGGACAACGAUGGGACCAGUCACUACACCACGAAGUCUCGAUAAAGCCAGCAACCAAGUUGAAGAUGCAAAGAAACAUGGAGGCCAAGUUGUCUUGGGUGGUGGUAAGGUCAGUGGUAAGGGAGGAUACUUCUUCGAACCAACUAUCAUUCUUGGUGCAAAGAAGGAGAUGUUGAUCACUGAGGAAGAGACAUUCGCACCCGUCCUUGCUUUGUACUCCUUUGAUACUGAGGAAGAGGCUGUUGAGGCUGCGAACAACACCAGUAUGGGUCUCGCUUCAUACUUCUUCACCAAGAAUGUUGACCGUGUCUGGAGACUUCUCGAGAACCUCGAGGCUGGAAUGAUAGGAAUGAAUACAGGCAACUCAUCAGCUGCCGAAUCGCCAUUUGGAGGAAUCAAGGAGUCAGGUUAUGGAAAAGAAUCAGGGAAGGAUGUUGCGAUCAAUGAGUACUUGAUCACGAAGACUGGUACCUUGACUCUGGAUGGUCACUUCUAA